UCGGUUUCAGCUUCUUCAAUAAACAUUAACACUUAUUUACAAAAUUUUUUACUUACAGCAAUUUUGAUUCCCGGAAUUUGGAGCGUUGAAAGUGGUUUAUUACUCGUAAUUGCUGCCUCAUUGAUUGGACGUUCAGUCAGUGACAUAUGGAUGAUUCAAAAUGCCACUGUCGUGGAAAGCACAAUUAUACACAUGAACAAAACAAAAUUCAGAUCUGCACUACUUAAAUAUCUUGCUGCCUUGCCAAUGAUUUCAGUUGUAACAAAUAUACUAAAAUGGAGUUUAGGUGAAUUAAAAUUAAGAUUUAGAACGAAUUUGACGCAUCAUCUGUACAAUCAAUACCUCAGGGGCUAUACAUACUAUAAGAUGUCCAAUUUGGAUAAUAGAAUAGCCAAUGCCGAUCAAUUACUCACAACAGAUAUUGAUAAAUUCUGUGAAAGCGCUACCGAUUUAUAUUCGAACAUCAGUAAACCUGUUUUGGACAUAUUCAUUUAUGUUUACCGAUUAACAGUCAAUUUAGGCGGAAAGACACCUUCCGUGCUUAUGCUGUACCUAUUCUUUGCUGGCAUUUUCCUGACCCGUUUACGCCGUCCAACAGGUCGCCUAACUGUUGAAGAACAAAAAUUGGAAGGCGAAUUCCGUUAUGUAAAUAGCAGACUCAUUACAAAUUCUGAAGAAGUGGCGUUCUAUCAAGGCAAUGUUCGUGAGAAACUAACACUUUUAGCUAGUUUUUCAAAAUUACGUUCACAUUUAAGAAAAUUCCUAGAGUUCCGUGUAAGCAUGGGUAUUAUUGAUAAUAUCGUAGGAAAAUAUUUCGCUUCAAUUGUUGGCUUUUAUGCGGUCUCAAUUCCUUUCUUUACCGAAAAUCAUCCUCUUUUAUCUGGUGAAAAGAGUGGUCAACGUUUACAGGCCUAUUAUACCUAUGGUAGAAUGUUAAUCAAAUUAGCUGAGGCUAUUGGACGUUUAGUCUUGGCUGGACGUGAAAUGUCUCGUUUAGCUGGCUUCACCGCUAGAAUGACUGAACUUGUUAAAGUACUCAAUGAUUUGAAUAAAGGCACAUAUGAACGUACAAUGGUUAAUAAUGUUAUAAAUGGUGAAAGUGAUUUCGGUCCAAAUAAGGGUGAAAUGGUGUUUGUUGAUAACAUUAUUAAAUUUGAGAAAGUGCCACUUGUAACUCCAAACGGUGAUAUACUACUAAAGGAGUUAACCUUCGAAGUGCGGUUUCAUAAUGAAGAAAAAUAG